CUCUAGCACUUAUCGAAUACUCGAUAUAUCUCACCGCAAUUAAAUAGAGUUCUUCAGUAUAUAAAUAAAAUAAUAAAAAUAAAAGUACGCUUCGUGCAAAAUGCAUUCGCGCCCGCUAUAGACAAUAGGAAAAUGUGUGCGGCACACGCGAAGAGAAAGUAAACCGUUAUCCGCGCGGCUACGGUGACGAGGGACCACUCCACUGAUAAAUACGGCCGACGCCCACUGAACACAGUUUCCUUCACAUGAAUUUUGGAUAAAACUAAUAGGAAAAACCUGCGAAACACAGCCCUAAGCUAAGCGAACCAUACCCCGAACCCCGAACGUAAGCGCAAUGUCACAAGUAAUACCAAACACGCCCACACCCCAAAUGCUGACGACAUCAACGCCCAUAGAACCCAUGAAACCACCACCAGCGUUUUCGACGUUAGGCGGCGGGGCACAUUUGGUGGCUGGCGAACAGGCGUCGGACGUUAUUUUGAGGGCAGCCACUAUUUUCGGAGAUAUGAACAAGCACGAUGUAGCGCCAAUGGAUCUCGAAAACAACGUGCACAACGGAGCUGAGACUGAUCGCGAGAACCACGCGAGUGCAGGCGGGGAGUUCGGGAGCGGGAACUCCAAGAUCCGCAUCAUGCCCAGCAUUAAACUGCUGGCAACACCUCACGCUUCUGACCCCAAACGCAAGUUCGUAUGUCCGUACGAGAACUGCACGAAAAGUUACGGCAAGAGCUCCCACCUGCGCUCCCAUCUCACCUGGCACACGGGCAUUAAGCCUUUCGUGUGCAGCGAGCCAAAAUGUGGCAAGGGCUUUACCCGCUCCGACGAACUAAACAGGCACCUGCGGACACACACAGGCGAGAAACCUUUCGAGUGCAUCCAGUGUAGCAAAAAGUUCUCGCGCAGCGAUCACCUCACCAAACACCUGGCCACGCAUGACCGUCAACUAAAGAGCAGUCCUCCGAAACAGCGUUCCGUACCAAGCGGGGUGCGACUAAAGCCUGCGAAGAAGCAUUCUCCGGAAUCGGACUCUGGGUUCCAUUUCAUGGCCGCGAUGGGCGUGGCUGGAGAACAAAACCACCAGCACCAGCAGCAGUUGGCGGAACUGGGAGAUUUCUCGCAUAAGCCGCUAAAGAUUAAGCUGGAACGACCGGAGCACAGUGACAAGUACCAGAUCGUGGCUCCUCACGCCGCUGGGGAUAGCCAAAUGCCAUCCUUCCUUAAUCAGGCCAAACCCGAGGUGAAAUACGAGCCGGCCGACGAAAUUGUAAAUACCCUUUCUCAGCUACCGCCGCAGGAUGGCCCCGGCACCUAUGGCAUGCCUCAGUUCGUUCAGGAUCGGCCCUUCCGCUGCCGGCAGUGCGAAAAGGGGUUCAAGCGGCAAGACGACCUCAACCGACACAUCCGGACGCAUACCGGCGAGAAACCAUACGCCUGUCCGCAGUGUUGUCGCCGAUUUGUGCGGAGUGACCACUUGAAGAAGCACCAGCAGACGCAUUUGAAGAUACGAUAGUUUCUUAAUUUUACUAUAACCCAUAAGUUGCAGGCCAUUGGCAUUCGGCAUACCAAUUUAUAUUGGCUAAAACGGGCGUGUGUCGGGUGACGCACACAGUACAAUAAAACAUAAAUAAAUUCGCAAUUUAAAAAUA